AUGUUACCAAAACAAACCGUGUUGAAGGAGUUAGCGAAAUGCAAACAUCCUAAAAGCAGGAAAACAUUAGCAUUAACUCGGAAAGUUAAAAAAAUUAAUAACCGAGAAAAAAUAAAACUCGGCCAUGCAGCUAAAGCAAACGUUGUGGGGAAGAAAUUGGCGUGGUUUGCGAAUCAGCUGUCGGAUCGUCAAGAGGCGUUGAAGCCGGCCGAAUAUGAAGCUUUAAUAGAUCUGUAUCUUCAGCGUUUUGACCAGGAACUCGAGCAAAUCAAAAUAGUACAAUCAAUAGGAAAACAUCGCGCCAAUCAGCAUGCUUCACGAGAAGCGGUAAUCAAGACUACGGUUGAAACAGAGAAGCUAAACUUCAAUAGCGGUGGGGGAAUAGAGCUUCCUGAUUUGUGUGAUCCUGUAGAUUUUAAACUAUUUCAGGAAUGGGAUGGCAGUGCAGCUACCAUACAACAUUUAAAGCUUAAAUUCUUUUCUAGGAAGUUUUUGCUAACAUCUCAAAAACAAAUACAGCACGAGAAAAUGGUAGAAUAA